CCCUGGUCCAACCCUGUUCAUUUGUAUGAAAGUGGUAUUAUAGGAGCCCCAGUUUGUGCCUCUUAUACAUGGAGUAGUGAAAGUAGCCAGCUAACGUUAAGUACAUUCAACGUUACUUUACUUGUACUGUAACGUUACUUAACUACAGAUUCGAGAGCUCUGACUGCACUUGUGUUGAUCGUCAUGAAUAACUGCAGGUUUGCCACAGUUGAAAUACACAACUAAAUAACCUACAACAGUAGACCUACUGAUGUCCUCAUAGGCACACAGUAGCCUGGAAAUGACUGCAAGCAACUACUAGUGUUCCUCUUUAAGCUAAAGGGUGAAACUCGUCUGCUCUCAGCCUCCACUCUGCAGUUGCACAGCUGCACUCCAGUUUGGUAGCUGUUGUCCGCUGGCUGCGGAUGAGGACAGAGGUCCGCGAGGAACACCAAUCAACCCAGAAAAACCCAAUCAACAAAAAGGACUUUUGAAGUGAAGUUGAUGUUUCAUUCGGGAGCACUUUCCCUCAACAUGAGGGUCCGUACCUGACUUUGGAUAUUUGAACACAGGCUGCUACAAGUUCAUUUUCCUAGAGUUUCAGGCGUAAUUACGCACGGCGAGUGAACCAUGGCACCGAUGUUGGAUAGACGUGCUCCGGCUCUGCUCUUGGUCUGGAGCUACUGCGUCCUGGCGGAUACCGCUUUCACGAACUUUACUCUGGACAACGAGUUCCACUCCAGCUUCAUCCACCGCCGGCUGAAGAGCCAGGAGCGCAGAGAGAUGCAGCGGGAGAUCCUGUCGAUCCUGGGGCUGCCGCACCGGCCGAGACCCAGCCUCCACGGGAAGCACAACGCAGCCCCGAUGUUCAUGUUGGACUUGUACAACGCCAUGUCCACGGAGGGGGACGAUGACAGAUACUCCUACCCAUACAAGCCCGUCUUCACCACCCAGGGGCCCCCCAUAGCCAGCCUGCAGGACAACAACUUCUUGAACGACGCAGACAUGGUCAUGAGCUUCGUCAAUUUGGUGGAGCACGAUAAAGAAUUCCUACCAGUGCGACGGCAUCACAGAGAAUUCAGAUUCGACCUAUCACGGAUCCCGGAGGGCGAGGCGGUCACCGCUGCUGAGUUUCGUAUAUAUAAAGACUUCAUCCACGAACGUGUCGAUAAUGAGACCUUCCGCAUCAGCAUCUACCAGGUGCUGGAGGAACACUCUGAUAGAGAGUCGGACCUGUUUCUGCUGGACUCUCGGGUGAUCUGGGCGGCAGAGGAGGGCUGGUUGGUGUUUGACGUGACAGCCACCAGUAACCACUGGGUCCUGAACCCCAGCAGGAACCUGGGUCUACAGCUUGCCCUGGAGAGCACAAGUGGAGAGAGCAUCAAUCCUCGCGUGGCGGGGCUGAUUGGCCGCAGUGGGCCUCAGAAUAAACAGCCCUUCAUGGUGGCCUUCUUCAAAGCCACUGAGGUGCACCUGCGAAGCAUCCGCUCAGCGCAAGGGGGGGCCAAACAGCGUAACCCCAACCGCUCCAAAGGGACAAAGAGCCAAGAGGCGCUCCGAGUGGCCAAUGUUGCAGAAAACAGCAGUACUGAUCAGAAACAGGCCUGUAAGAAGCAUGAGCUCUACGUCAGUUUCAGAGACUUGGGGUGGCAGGACUGGAUCAUCGCUCCAGAAGGAUACGCGGCGUACUACUGCGAGGGAGAGUGUGCCUUCCCGCUGAACUCCUACAUGAACGCCACAAACCAUGCCAUUGUGCAAACCCUAGUUCAUUUUAUUAACCCGGAGACGGUUCCCAAGCCUUGUUGUGCCCCCACACAGCUCCACGCCAUCUCAGUGCUCUACUUCGAUGACAGUUCCAACGUCAUCCUCAAGAAAUACCGCAACAUGGUGGUCAGAGCAUGUGGCUGCCACUAGACUGUCAGUAUCUUCACAGACACACACACACACACACACACACACACACACACACGCACACACACACGAGUAGAAAGGGCUUCCUCUCGCUGUCAGGCACCAUUUUAAACAUUGAAAAUGGAUUAUAUGUAUUUUAUGAACGUUUAUAGAGAGUUUGAGGCCGUCUCCUGUGUGGAAGAUACUCUCGUUACAUGUUUAAGGUUGUCCUGAAGCAAACACCAUGUUGUGUGGCCGAACGGGAAUUUCAAUCAGUUUUUUAGACUCCUCGCCACAAGUGCACACACACACACGCACAAACAAACCAACAAACACGCACACACACACUCACGUUUGUGCUUUCUACUGUGUAUACAAGACAUUAAAAGCAGUGAUUGUUCUGUAUAUUCAUUCACAGUCAACGAUCUUUUUUGUUUAUUUCAAUAAUUAUUGUAGUGGAUUCUUUUACUGUAGAUUUUAUAUAUAUUUUUUAUGACUGAGACCCAGAUGGAUGUUCUGAAUUUCUUCUAUGUACAAAACUGUGUAAAUAUUUUUUUUUUUUCAAACAAAGCAAGAAGUGUAUUUAUUUCCUAGAAUGUCACUUGGGUUUGUGUUUUUCUCCUGUAUGUAAUGCUGCCUGUUUUCUUUCACACAAUAGUACACACAAACUCUAAGGAAAACAAAAGUUGACAGAAAACUACUUUGACGCGAGCGUUGAGUUCAAACUCGACGCGUCUCUCUCCCUCUCACGUGUACGCUACACACCGAUGGCGGGGGGGCGAUUCGUGACAACUUGGACCUGUUUUAAACGUCUACAUAUUUCAUCAGUCGAAGCUGUUCCAUGUACCUGACGCACAUUUUUAUAGCAACAAUCAGCUGAACCGUCAGAGAGAGAGAGAGAGAGAGAGAAGCAUCUUGCUCUGUGUGCUAGACAUUUUCAGGUUUAUAUUCCUCUGCUGUAAUACAAUCUGUCAUAUUUAAAAGGUCUAUUUAUUGAGAGCUGGCUAAGAUGUUCCACAGUGUGCUCCGAUGUCUCAACCAUGUUUUACUGCUGAACUGGUACAACAAUAAACUGGGAGAAAAGCAACAAAAACA